UGGGGUCUAGCUCACCAUAGAGACCGACGAUCCCUGGCCCUGCCCUGCUUUCAGAUCGCGAAUUUAGCGACAGCCCCUUCGCUACCCACCGGCCGCGUUUCCGGGCUCAGUGCUGGGGUUGCGGCACCCGGAACACAGACGAACGCAGUAGGUGCACUAGUUGUUGGAACCGGGGUACAGCUCUGCGGCUUUGAGAGCUCAGCCGCCCCAAAUGUGCCGCUGGGGGCGGGGCUUGCAGAGGCCCCGCCCCAGCCCUACACGGCCCUCCCCUGCCUCUUGGCAGAGUAGGCCAGGGGUUGAGCUGCGCUCUGAGUCCACGCCUCAGUGGGUCUCUUUGCAGCAGUUGCGAAAACCCGGAACGAAGGUGUUGUUGCCUCUCGGCAGAGCGGCGCCGCCCCUCGCCGCCCCUCCCCGCCAGUCCUCGGAGGCCUCGCUGGGCAUGCUCAGUCGGCAGGGCCGCUUCAGCUCUCGUAGUAGGAAGCUUGGGGCGCUUGGCUGGUGAGGACCCACGGCGGGGCGAAGAUGGAGCCCUUUACCAAUGAUCGACUUCAGCUUCCAAGGAAUAUGAUUGAAAACAGCAUGUUUGAAGAAGAACCAGACGUGGUAGAUUUAGCCAAAGAACCUUGUUUACAUCCUCUGGAACCUGAUGAAGUGGAAUAUGAGCCCCGGGGUUCGAGGCUCCUGGUACGAGGUCUUGGUGAGCAUGAGAUGGACGAGGACGAAGAGGAUUAUGAGUCAUCUGCAAAGCUGCUGGGCAUGUCCUUCAUGAACAGAAGCUCAGGCCUUCGAAACAGUGCAACAGGCUACAGGCAGAGUCCAGAUGGGACUUGUUCAGUACCCUCUGCCAGGACCUUAGUGGUCUGUGUUUUUGUCAUCGUGGUUGCUAUCUCUGUGAUUAUGGUGAUUUAUCUACUGCCUAGAUGUACCUUUACCAAAGAAGGCUGCCACAAAAAAAACCAGUCAACAGGACUAAUUCAGCCAAUUGCCACAAAUGGGAAAUUGUUUCCAUGGGCACAAAUUAGGCUUCCCACUGCCAUUAUGCCUCAGCGCUAUGAACUUAGCCUACACCCAAACCUAACCUCAAUGACAUUCAGGGGCUCUGUGACAAUUUCACUUCAGGCUCUUCAAGCCACGUGGAAUAUCAUUCUCCAUAGCACAGGACAUAAUAUUUCAAGAGUGACAUUUAUGUCAGCAGUUUCAAGUCAAGAAAAACAAGUUGAAAUCCUGGAAUAUCCAUAUCAUGAACAAAUCGCCAUUGUUGCCCCUGAAGCCCUUCUAACAGGACACAAUUAUACUUUGAAGAUAGAGUAUUCAGCAAAUAUAUCUAACUCUUAUUAUGGGUUUUAUGGCAUCUCCUACACAGAUAAAAGUAAUGAGAAAAAGUACUUUGCAGCAACUCAGUUUGAACCUCUGGCAGCAAGAUCUGCUUUUCCCUGUUUUGAUGAACCAGGAUUUAAAGCCACAUUUAUCAUCAAGAUUACAAGGAAUGAGCAUCACACUGCGUUAUCCAAUAUGCCUAAGAAGUCAUCAGUCCGUACAGAAGAAGGACUUAUUCAGGAUGAGUUUUCUGAAAGUGUGAAAAUGAGCACAUACCUGGUUGCUUUCAUUGUAGGGGAGAUGAGGAACCUGAGUCAGGAUGUAAAUGGAACCCUGGUUUCAAUAUAUGCUGUACCAGAAAAGAUUGGUCAAGUUCACCAUGCCUUGGACACAACUGUAAAGCUCCUUGAGUUUUAUCAAAAUUACUUUGAAAUUCAAUACCCACUUAAGAAAUUGGAUUUGGUGGCCAUUCCGGACUUUGAAGCGGGAGCAAUGGAAAAUUGGGGCCUGAUUACAUUCCGAGAAGAGACUCUUCUGUAUGACAAUGCCACUUCUUCAGUAGCAGAUAGAAAAUUGGUUACUAAAAUCAUUGCUCAUGAGCUGGCACAUCAGUGGUUUGGUAAUCUGGUUACAAUGCAGUGGUGGAAUGACCUGUGGCUAAAUGAAGGCUUUGCGACUUUCAUGGAGUAUUUCUCUGUGGAAAAAAUAUUCAAAGAGCUCAACAGUUACGAAGACUUCUUAGAUGCUCGAUUUAAAACCAUGCGGAAAGAUUCCUUGAAUUCAUCCCAUCCAAUAUCAUCAUCUGUUCAGUCUUCAGAACAAAUAGAAGAAAUGUUUGAUUCUCUUUCCUAUUUUAAGGGAGCUUCUCUCUUGUUGAUGCUGAAAACUUACCUUAGUGAAGAUGUGUUUCAGCAUGCUAUCAUUCUUUACCUGCACAAUCACAGUUAUGCAUCCAUUCAAAACGAUGAUCUCUGGGACAGCUUUAAUGAGGUCACAAACAAAACAUUAGAUGUAAAGAAAAUGAUGAAAACCUGGACCCUACAGAAAGGAUUCCCAUUGGUGACUGUCCAGAGGAAGGGGACCCAGCUCCUUCUACAACAAGAAAGAUUUUUUCUAAGCAUGCAAGCAGAAAUUCAGGCUCCAGAUGCCAGCUACCUUUGGCAUAUUCCAAUAUCCUAUGUCACUGAUGGAAGAAACUAUUCAGAAUAUCGAUCAGUUUCACUACUGGACAAGAAAUCAGAUAUCAUCAAUCUUACAGAACAAGUACAGUGGGUCAAAGUCAAUACAAACAUGACUGGCUAUUACAUUGUUCACUAUGCUGAUGAUGACUGGGCAGCUCUAAUCAAUCAGUUAAAGAGAGAUCCUUAUGUUUUGAGUGACAAAGACCGAGCCAACCUCAUAAAUAACAUCUUUGAACUUGCAGGCCUUGGCAAAGUGCCUCUUCGGAUGGCAUUUGAUUUGAUUGAUUAUCUUAGAAAUGAGACCCACACUGCACCCAUCACUGAAGCCCUGUUCCAGACGGGCCUCAUCUAUAACCUCUUGGAAAAACUAGGACACAUGGACCUGGCCUCAAGAUUGGUGACCAGAGUAUAUAAAUUGCUCCAGAACCAAAUCCAGCAGCAGACUUGGACUGAUGAGGGAAUGCCAUCCAUGCGAGAGCUUCGGUCAGCCUUGCUGGAAUUUGCCUGUGCCCACAGACUAGAGAACUGUACCACUAUGGCCACAAAGCUUUUUGACAAUUGGAUGGCAUCAAAUGGAACUCAGAGCCUGCCUACUGAUGUCAUGAUCACUGUGUUCAAAGUUGGAGCAAGAACCGAGAAAGGCUGGUCAUUCCUCUUAAGCAUGUAUUCAUCCAUGGGCUGUGAAGCAGAAAAGAAUAAAAUACUUGAAGCUCUUGCCAGCUCAGAGGAUGUGCAGAAACUUUACUGGUUAAUGAAAAGUAGCCUUGAUGGUGAUAUCAUCCGAACACAGAAGUUGUCACUUAUCAUCAGAACAGUGGGCAGACACUUUCCUGGACACUUGCUGGCAUGGGAUUUUGUUAAAGAAAACUGGAAUAAGCUUGUACAUAAGUUCCAUCUGGGCUCCUAUACGAUACAAAGUAUUGUUGCUGGAUCAACUCACUUGUUUUCAACGAAGGCACAUUUGUCUGAGGUCCAGGCAUUCUUUGAAAAUCAGUCAGAGGCAACCUUGCAGCUUCGGUGUGUCCAGGAGGCUUUGGAAGUUAUUCAGCUGAAUAUCCAGUGGAUGUCAAGGAAUCUGAAAACUCUGACCUUGUGGCUGUAGCACUCACAGCUGACCUUCCGGUGCCCACGGCUCUGCUGCUUUUGCAAAAGUUGAAGUGAAGGCAGGCCUGCUACUGAAUUGUUUGCACUGUUAGGAAUUCUAGUCAGCUCAGGGCCCAAUUGUGUUUUUCAUGUCUUUUCUGAAAUGUCUUUAGGCAGUAAGUAGUUAUUUAUUACAAAAUUAUAUUCACCUGUAUACCAACCAUCUACAAAAACAAUGCAUAAUUUUUCUUUGGACACACAAAUGAAGAAAAAAAAGUCAUAUUUGAAA